AUGAACCGUCUGUCGUGGUACACUCCUGGAGAGAGCACAGAAGAACUGCUCUGCCAGGCCGGACAUGUCGGUAUUUACGAGGGUGAUUUAAAACAGACGCAAUUCGAGCAGGGAACCGCUUCACUGACAAUGCAACGCAUUAUCUGGGCGGACUCGUCGGAUCCGGAUCGUCGACUGGUUCUCCAUCAUUCCUUGGUGAUUUCAAUGGAAAAACAUCACAAAUCAAUGUUUAGUAAGGGAGGAAAAGUGGUUGUAAGACUAGAAAAGCCGAAGACUGGAGCCGUGGGACCGGUGAAUUCGAGUCAGUACGAUACGAUUCGAUUAGUGUUUCGGCAUGGAGGAGAGGAUGAUUUCUUCAAAAAGUACGAGGACGCUGUGCGAAGAAAAACGUGGCAACGAUCGAGUUCCGAAUCAAGCUCCAGUGGUUCUCGCGCUAGCAGCAACCUCCGAUCGGUCGGAAUCUCUGGAAUCGAACGACGGCUAGCGGAAAAUCAUCAGAAGACACAUGAAACAAUCACACAAGCAUUCGAUGACAUGUCGAAACUAAUGGAAACUGCGCGUGAAAUGGUGGCGAUUUCGAAGAGUAUUUCGGAGAAGGUUAGAUCUCGAAAAGGAGAAAUCAGUGAGGACGAAACGAUCGCUUUCAAGUCGUAUCUUCUAUCGCUUGGUGUCUCUGAUCCGGUAACAAAAUCCACGUUUGUCGGAUCGGAUUCAGAAUAUUUCCAAAGUCUGGCCAAAGAAAUCACCGAUGUACUUCACGAACAUAUCAAAGAAAACGGGGGAAUGUGUGCAUUACCGGAAGUGUAUUGCCGAAUAAAUCGGGCACGAGGAAUGGAAUUACUAUCGCCGGAAGACGUGAUGAAUGCGUGCGGCGCGUUGAGUCGCAUCAACUCUCCACUCGAAUUGCAUCGAUUUCCGUCGGGUGUUCUUGUGGUUCAGUUGAAGUCUGCGUCGAUGGAGAGUACGGUGGCGCAGACGCUGGAAUUCGUGGCCAAACUGCAAAGAGCAUCGGCGAAUGAGCUGGCGGAGUCGUUAGGCAUCACUGUUAUUUUAGCGAGAGAAAGAUUAUUAGCUGCCGAAGAAUCGGGUUUAAUCUGCCGCGACGACUCCAUCGAAGGACUUCUUUUCUAUCCAAAUCGAUUCAUGGAUUAA